UAAUAAUAAAGGUGUUCUCCAGCAAGGGAUUUUGAAAUCACAAUCAUUUGGCACAAUACUUGGAUACCGUGUGAUAUAAAACGUUCGAAAUCAGUGGACAAUAAUUAGUUGAUAUUUGACUAUUCAUUUCUGUUAGUAAGUGGAUUUCAUUUUGAAAAUAAAAUCUGAAACAUGUCCGAGAAAGAUGCCAAGCUCGAAAGUGCACCUACAUAUACAGGGGAAGAACCCCCUUCAUAUGACUCUAUUUUUGGGAAAAUCAAACAAGCCAAGGAGACGUCAGACGGCAAUGUGAGCUUCGCCAAGGCGGCGGCAGGAAUACUAUGUGCGUCAGUGGGCUGUACGGUGUGUCUGGGGGUUACGAUGGCCAUCCCCAUAGCAAGUAUCGUCAUUGGUGCUUUGUACCUGGAUGACUGCCCUAUAGAGAAGUACAUUCCCAUCUAUCUGGUCGUUGCCGGUGUUUUCGGGUUGUGCCAAAAUCUCUUUGGAAUGAUCCAGUCAAUUUGUUGCAAAAGGAGCCCAGAGGAAGAACAGGAAGAGCAAGGGGCGGGGGCCAAAUUAGGGUCCUGUAUCAACUCCCUUUUCGGAUGCUUCAUGUUUGCCUGGUUUAUUGCUGGAAAUGUUUGGGUCUACAGUAACUACGAUGAAGUACAAACUACAAACUCUGCCUUAGCCAAUUAUUGUCACGCAACUCCCUACUACUUCGCGUUUUGGACAAUCACGGUGGCCUACAUCAUGGUCGGGCUCGCUAUUCUGGUCUCCUGUUGCUGUUGUAUAGCUUGUUGCGUUUGUGCCAAAAAGUCAGACUCAUAAGCAUAUAAAUUUAUAAAUCUUUUAUAUAUGUUUAGGUUAAAAGGCUCUAAACUAUAGACGGUUGGCGGGACUAUUUCUUCAGUACACGGGAUAGGUUUAACACAUUUUGGAUAAAAGAUCAUUGCCAAAACCCAAAUCUGAUUAUGAUGAUUUAAAUUAUGAAAUUUUAUCAAUAAAGCAUUAAUUAAAUGUAUGAAUUUCUUUGUAUGGAUAAUAAAACUAUGACAAGCGGAGAUUCUUAAGGACAUAGGAUACU